CAUUUUAAAUAAACACACAGCUAACUGCUAACAGCUAACAGGGCUCGCAGAGUCUGCUGCGUCAAAGCACGUUCAAAUUUAUUUCGAGUUGUAAAGAAGUCAAGUGCAUUCAGCGGCGCACCGUUUAUAUAUCACAUAUCACAGAGGCUGCACGUUACCGGAGAUGUCGAGUGCGACACUUGGAAAAGAAGAAUAUAAGUAACUCUGCGCAGGUGAGGUCCUGUCCAGGGACAUUGGUCCAUGUUUGUUGGACCUUUGGCCUCUGGGCUCAAUUAGCAUGAAGAUGGCUGACUCAGAAAAGGCAGAAGAAUUUGUGGAUGCUGAGUGCCCCUCAGAGUGCCUUGAUGAAGCUCAAUCAGCCACGGUUUCUGUUCAAGCAGAGCAGGAUGAGCAUCUGAAAACAGAGACCACGACCAGUACCAGUUCACCCCCAAGGGAAAAGGAGGUUGACAGCCCCUUGCAUACAGAGGGUGAGCAGAGUCUCCUCUCCAUGCCAUGCUUGAUGAAGGAGCUUCGCAGAGACUCUCCUGAAUCCCAGCAUGCCUCAACGGGAAGUGACAAGCCUGUGUCUCGUCAUAUCUAUGAGAGUGACUCCUCGAACCCCUGCAUGCUCUCGCCUUCAUCCAGUGGCCACCUGGCAGACUCUGAUACACUCUCCUCAGGGGAAGAAGGUGCUGCUCCUCCUGUAGGAGAAGAUGAAGAGGGCAACAUGGAAGCUACAGAUGAUCCUGGGCAGGCAGGGGGAACGCAAGCAUCUGCCAUUGUUGCAGGGGGGAGGAAGUCUCGGCGGUCACGUUCAGAAAGUGAGGUACCUCCGAAUACGAUGGCUGCGAAGAAGAACCGCUGCCAGCCCUCCGUGAUAGCAGCUGCAGGAGGCCUGGAAAAACAAACCAAUGGCAAGUUUUCAAAAGUGAAAGGUCACCGUAGUCAGAAACACAAGGAGCGCAUGCGUCUGCUGAGGCAAAAAAGAGAGGCGGCAGCACGGAAGAAGUACAACCUGCUGCAGGACAGCAGUACAAGUGACAGCGAUCUCACUUGUGACUCCAGCACCAGCUCCUCCGAGGAUGAGGAUGACGACACCUCAGGGGGUAGCAAGACAAUCAAGACAGAUAUUCCAGACGGGCCUCCAGUAGUGGGUCACUAUGAUAUUUCAGACACUGAUUCUAACCACGAGAGUAUGAGUGUGGAGACAGUCCGGCCCACGGUGAUAAAGCAUGAGCUAAAAACACACAGAGGCCAGGAUAUGGCAGCUCACUCUGGGUGUAUAAGAGCUCUGAGCUCUACCUCAGGCCACAUGGAGGCAGAGCUGUCGCACAAGGAGGGUUCUCAGCACAAGGGCCAGAUUAACAUUGUUUCCUCUGACAGUGAGGUGGAAAUAGUCGGAGUGCAAGAAAAAGCACGAUGUGCCCACCCUUGCGGAGGGGUCAUAAAGAGUUUGUCCUCCUGGAACGAGAACUCAGUGGAGCAGUUAAACAGCACAAAUCAAUCACAGCUCUGGACUACUGUUUCCCCUCAGCCCAACUGGGUCUCCCCUCGGGAAGUGGUGGACCUCACGCUGGACGAGGACGCCGGACACAAAUACCUACUUUAAGAAAACUUGUACACUGAAGACUUUUUUUUUUUUCUUUUUUUUUCCUCCUCAUCCCUUCUCUCCAACUGCUCCUCAUCCAUCUUGCCUCGCCUCCACAUUAAGGCUGAACUGAAUCCUCUCUAGAGUUGUGGCCUCGCCUGUAACUGCUUGUGGACUCUUCCUGCUCCAGAUUACUCUUUGUUUUAACUUACUGUUGAACAAUCAUCUAUCAAAGCCAUUCUACUGAUGUGAUUCCCUGACCUUGGAUUAUCAGCUAUGAAUUUAGCUGUAAUUAAAUGGCACAGCACUUCAAGUGAAGGUGGAAAUGUACAAGAAUGAUUUAUCUGGUAAUGAUAGCAAUAUCUUCCCUUCAUGUAAUACCUCAGUUACCCUUCAAUACCAGAUAUAGGUAGUGUGUUAUGUGCUUGCAAGCUGUAUAGUGAACAUUUCAACUUGCUGCUUUAGAGCAGGUAAGUAUCACAACAUGGCUGUGAACCUGCUUCACUACAGACUUUGAAUGAAAUGUGUUCAGACUUGAUUUGGCUUUUUCUUUUUCUUUUUUUUUUUUUUAGCCACCUGAGGUCAAAACAGAAUCGCAGCUGGUACACUUUCUGUUGUACAGUAGACCAUAGAUAAAUGGCAAAGUUUACUUUGUACCUGUCGAGGGUCGUUUUGUUUUUUUUUUUAUUUUUCUUCCUUUUCAAAGGUCUCGCCACUGGACUUGCAUUUAGAUCUGUCUGCCUUUUAUAGAUUGCUUUACUAUACAGUGUGCAACCCAGGCUCUGAUGCUGUCAGGGAGUGCUUUAGGUUAUUUGAAAAGAAGCAAUGGAUAUUUAGGGAAGCUUUCACUGUUUGCAGAGUGUUAGAUGAGAAGACUGGUAACAGAAAUGUAUUUUAAAAAAAAGUUGGAUAGGGGGUAGGUGGGUGUGGUUCAGGAGGUAGAGUAGUAAGUGGACUUUAAUGGUGAUAGUGCUUUUCUACUCAAAGCGCAUUCUUACUACAAGCCUCAUUUAUCCACAUUCAUACAACCACAUUUUUUCCCCAUGCCUAAGCACUUUAACUAACAUUCACACUCGCACUCUGAUGGAUGCACCGGGGACAACUCAGGGUUUAGUGUCUUGCCCAAGGGUACUUUGACAUGCAGAUUAGAGGAGCCAGGGAUUGAAUCACUGGCCUUCCAGUCAGAGGACCCACUCUAUCUUCUGAGUCUUGCAGAGAGUGGACAAUCCUGUAAUUGGAGAGUCAGGUUUUUGGAUUCUCCAGCUCCAGCUAUCCACAUGUCAGAGUGGUCAAAAUGGUGAACUCCAAAAUUGUCCCUCUAAUGUGCAAUCUGCGUGUGACUGUGUGACAGUGAAAGUGCUGGAUAAAUGUUUGUGUGAAUGGGUGAUUUGUGGUUUGUUGUGUUUCAAGUGGAUGAAAAAAGUAAAAUAAGCUGUAAAAAUGCAGUCCAUUUAGUUAAACUUGACAGAAAUCAGGGAAAUCCUUUCUCCAGGAUCCACAUACUAACUUCCCUUUGUUUACUAGUUUUGUAUAUCAGUAUGACUAGCAAAAAAAAAAAAACAUUUGCUUUUAUAUGCUGCAAUGUUUCUUGGUCUGGCGCAACAACUGUGAAACCAAGGACACAGCAUGCUCAUUGGUUUGUGACUGAUAAUCCUCCUUUCAGACUCUAAUAAUAACAAUACUUUACAAAAUGAACUUCAUGUUUCAUUCAGUUUGACCUAAAACUAGUGAUUGAGCCCAUAAAGUCAUCAGGGAAGUGUUUACUGAGGUCACAAAGCAAAUGAGUUGACAGCUAUUUUCCCAUAGACUUCUAUACAACCUGAAGUCUUUUUGCAACAGUUGUCACCUCCUACUGGCCAUUAAAAAGAGUGCAGUUUUAAGACACUAGUGAGGUUGCUUCACCAUCAUUAAUACUGUCAAAUAUGAAUAGGUCAAAUAGAUGGGCACAAGCAUGCUCGCAGUUUCCUUCCUUCACACCAUCAGGUUAUCGAUCUUCUCAUCUAAUGUUCACUCAUAACCAAAAUGCCAAUAAACAUUUCUCAAAAAAACAAAAAGUCACUUGAUUUAAAUUUCCAAGUUUUGUUUGUUACCACUAUAUUACAAAAACAGUACUUUUUUUAAUGAAAAUAAGCAGAAAAACUUUUGUUUGUUUUUAAAGCAGUGCUGGGUCACAUGAGGAACUGGGACUGUUGCAGAGGGCUGCACCAAUAAGCUGAACCCAAUUCUGCUCAAUAUUAAUUUAAAAUCUUUAUAGGUGUAUUGGUGCAGCCCACCCUUGGUUUAAAGUCUGAGGAGAAAAAAAUAAAAAAAAAAGCUCAAUACAAAGCACCACAGCAGUGCUAUAUGUGGUAUUUGUGGUGUAUUGGCAAUGAAAAAUGCAGGGUUUUUUUGUUUGUUUUUAGAUUUAUUGGAAGCCACACUUUUGCUACAGAAUCUGAGUGUCCCGGGCGCCUCUAUCAGUGAAUGUAUGUUCUUGCAGUGCUGGCUGGUUGUACUUACUGUUUGCAUGCUUACCUUGAAUGGAUGCAAACUCCUUUAAAACUCUGGGGACCCCUUUAUAAUAACAAUAAAUGUAUCUUCCAAUGAAUACUGCAAAGCAAGAUGGCCUGAAUGCCUUGAAAUGUGCACUAUUUUCUUUUAGAGAGGUUUAAAGCUUAUUCUUUUACCUUACAAAGCAGUGGAUUUUGCUAUCGCAACAAUAAAUAUUUUAAUAAUAGAUGUGAAUUUCACACACACAUAUAUCUAUACAUAUAAAUAUAAAAAGAGUAAAAAUUGUGUUGAGUUUAUGCCCCAUGUGUGAGUUUGGGGCAUUUAUAGAUGAGGUAUUUACUGUAUGAACUGUUUGUUUUUUUUUUACCCUGAUCCUCAGGGCCUGCUUGCUCUCUUUCCCUGCAGUCUUAUUUUGUCCUCAUGCAGUACUGCAGCCAUGGUAGUAAAACAUUUUAAUCAACAACUUUCACAGGCUAUUUUAACACUUAGAUUUGUUGUAUUACUUGUAUUACUUUACUUUCCUAAAUGAUGCUUGUUAAUUAUAGAUUUAUUUUAACUUCUGCUGGUGACAGAAAGGGAAAAUCUGAAAUAUCUAAAACCAAAGUCUAUAUGGAGCUUAUGUUCUAAUUUUAGUUCAUUUAUUCCUAAAAAAUUUGCUCUGUGAAUCUAAAUCUUUUAAUUUGGAAGUCAGUACAUUUGCUGUGAAAAGAGCUGACAUGAAUUUAGUUACAAAUCGAAUAUAUUGUUGAAUAUAUUUUUGUAUUAUUUGGCCAGUUUAUUAUUUUUUUUCUGUUAUAUACAGCUACCGCUGUAAUAACUCUAUACCCAAUCACUUAAGCUUGCAAAAACCAUUUGGCUGUUUUUCUGUGGGAUUAUUAUGAAAUGUUAAUGAGGCAUCACUCAUGCCUUUAGUGAUAUAAGUGUGGUAGAAACCAGGGCAGUGAUGCUGGUUGCACAUAGCAUGUUUGGUGGCAUCUUUUAACCUCAGCUCUGAUAUUAUCGUCAUUACCGGUAUUUCAGCCUUGCUCUUCUGUUUUUGUUCUGUUUUGCUGUCAGUAUUUUAACUUAACAAAAGUGUUUAUUUUGUUGCUUCUGCAAGUCCCUGACUUCCUUGAAAUUAUGUCUGUAGAACAAAAAGAAACUAUUUUAAAACUAAAUAAACAGACCGUUAUUUAAUGA